GGGCGGGGCUCCGCCGCAACCGGAAGCGGAAGUGGCUCCUCGGCGGCGCCCGCGGUUCUGCAGGCGCGCCGGCGUGAGGAGGAAUGGGCUCCAAGGCCAAGAAGCGCGUGGUGCUGCCCACCCGGCCCGCGCCGCCCGCGGUGGAGCAGAUCCUGGAGGACGUGCGGGGCGCGCCCCCCGACGACCCGGUCUUCAUCGCGCUGGGCCUGGACGACUCCCUGGGCCUCUCCCAGCGGGCAGAGGACACGGAGGCCCAGCGGGAGCAGCUCUACCAGCAGAGCCGGGCCUACGUGGCCAUGAAUCAGCGGCUGCAGCAGGCGGGCGACGGGCUGAAGCAGAAGUGUGAGGACCUGUGGCGAGCUGGGGAGGAGCUGGAGCGGGAUGUCGGCCAGGUGAAGCAGGUGGCACUGCCGGGAGCCGCAGCUGCCUCCUUGGGCUGACUGGUCAGCCUGUGGGCUGAGCACACACACCGGGCAGGGCGCCCCCAGCUCCCGGACGCCUGACCCGGCUCAGCGGAGACCAGGCCCCCAGGGCCCCGAAGCACCCGGAGACCCUGGGGGGACACAGCCUGCAUGGGGGGACACGUGCACCAGCCUCAGCCCCGCCUGGCCCCCCCGAGGGUCAGGUCUGGACCAUGUGGAUGCUGCUCUCCCCGGGGCCCGGGAGCCCACACUGGAUGUCCACAGGCUCCCCAGCCCCCCAGAGCCAGGCCGUCCAUGCGCCUCUCCCUGCCCCUGACGACCCUGCUUCCCCCAUCGCCCCGGCCCCCUGGGCUGGUGGGACCCACUCCACGGUCUGUGCACGUGUCCGCCUGAACUGCAGGCCCCCGAGGUUCCGGAGGGGCCAGAUGUGAGACGGGGCCUCCGGUGGGAGCCUCCCCCGGCGGCCCUGGGCACCCUGAUCCAAGGUCCGGGCGCUCCCCCAGGGCCGGGUAACGGGGUGCGGAACCGACCUGGGGGCUGUGGGUCUCUGUCACCUGUGGCCCUGUGAGUACAAGCUCACCUGUCUCCCACGUGAGCCCUUGCUGGCUGACCCCCACCCUGUGGGGGCAUGUGGGGCCGUGGAACAGGAGUGGCUCUUGAAAAGGGCUUUUCUCACCAGAAGACGAACUUUGGGAAGACCAGAGCCGCAGGGACUGCAAGAGGCAUUGCAGAAGCCAGGCUGCUCGCCAGGGACCCCCAAGCCCCGCCCCCGCCUCCCCACCUGCCCCUGCACAGCGCCUCCAUGAGCCGCCCCUCUCCAGGGGUCCCCAGGGGCUCUGAAGCUGUCCCCAGGGCCUGGCACCAUGACCCAAGCAUCCCAGAGGUGUUUCUCUGAGCCUGCUUUAGCCUGAAAGACUCCGAAAACUGGAAACCAGAACGUGGUCUCCGGGGACACAGUGUACAGAGAACACAGGCCUGGCACCCGUGAGGGCAGUGGACGCCGAGGCCGCCCCGUCAGGGCACACCCUGACCCCACUGCCGCUAGUUCACCUGUGGUGCUGGCACCUCACCCCUCCCUACUUGGGCCCUGCGUGACCGCGGGGUACUGUCUCCUCUCUGGGGCCCGGGGCCCCCCCAGGGGACUUUUGGGAGCGGGUCAGAGUUGGAAGCCGGGCUCCCCAGGGGGAGGUCCCUCCUGGCCCCUGGCCCGCCCUCAGCCCUGGGGACGGAGCCGGGGCAGCAGGGCGCGAUUUGACAGCUUGUUUAUUAAAGGUGCGUGCGAGA